AUGGAUCGCCGGCAUUCCGGGACUGCUGUUGCUCAUACCAGCGCCCGACUGCCGCCAGCCUCCUCGAGACAGGAUGGCUCCGUCCUUAUGACGAAUGACAGCUCUACCAAGCACGACAUAGACCAGCGCCUCCUCGCCGCCCUUCAUAACCAGCCUCAACACCAACACCACCUCCAACAACAACAACAACAAGAAAGACCGCAGCAGGCAAAGAACAGCAGCAACAACGCUCCCGACACACCGCCUGCCGACGACCACGAUGCCGGCGAGCUAGGCGCGCAGAGGAUCGACAAGGAGACCAACUGCGACAGGAGACGGCCCGAAGAAGGAAACCACUCGAGGCUGCCCAACAUGUCCACCACCCUCGUCAGCCACACCGUCACCCCUUUCCUCAAGGACCACAUCCCCAGGGUCUAUGCGCCUCUGGCCAAGUCCAACCCCGAAACCUCCGGCAUCAAAACCCAGAACAAAGAUGCGGUCAACAGCAGGUUCUGCUACCGCCACCGGCCGGACUCCAAGUGCCGGAGGGCCGCCGAUGAGUCCAAGAUGGUGUCUAUUCAGAAUAGAACCUCGUUACUGACAGAGAGGCUCUUUGCGAUCAAGGAACUCGAGAGACUCCCCACCGCCGACCAACAAGCCAUCACCCACGUCUGGUCCCUCUUCUCGGCCGCCCCGUCCAGGCACAGAGACCUGAUGCUCAAGGGCAUCAUCACGCAGUGCUGCUUCCCGCAGCUCUCGACCGUGUCCCGCGAGGUCCACGACCAGCUCAAGAUCGACUUCAUCACCGCCCUGCCGGCCGAGAUCUCGUACAAGAUCCUCUGCUACCUCGACACCGUCUCCCUCUGCAAGGCCGCGCAGGUCAGCCGCCAGUGGCGCCAGCUCGCCGACGACGACCACGUGUGGCACCGCAUGUGCGAGCAGCACAUCGACCGCAAGUGCACAAAGUGCGGCUGGGGCCUGCCGCUGCUCGAGCGCAAGAAGCUGCGCGACUGGAAGCGCCAGCAGCAGCUGCACAAGAACCGCACCCGGGAGGAGGACAAGAACCGCCGGCCGACGGCCGCCCCCACCGUGCCGGCGCCCUUCUCGCCGCGGUCGCCGAGCCCGCCCGUCGUCAAGCGGGACGCGAGCGAGCUGGCGGACGACGACGCCUCGAGCAAGCGGCGGUGCACCAACAAGGUCGGCGACGGCGAGCCUACCUCUUCUGCCGACGCCUCGACCCAGCAACAGCAACAUCAACAACGACAACAGCAGGAACUGUCGACGAGGACGUCGGCGGAGCGCGAGCGCAAGUUCUGGAAGGACGUCUACAGGGACAGGUUCAAGAUCGGGUCCAACUGGAAGUACGGGCGGUGCACGCAAAAGACGUUCCGCGGGCACGAGAACGGCGUGACGUGCCUGCAGCUCGACGAGACGAUGCUGGCGACGGGCUCGUACGACGCGACCAUCAAGCUGUGGAACAUCGAGACGGGCGAGGAGAUCCGCACGCUGCGGGGCCACACGCGCGGCAUCCGGGCGCUGCAGUUCGACGACAAGAUCCUGGUCAGCGGCAGCCUCGACAGCACGGUCAAGAUCUGGAACUGGCACACGGGCGACCUGCUCAGCACGCUGCAGUGCCACACCGAGGGCGUCAUCAGCGUGCACUUUGAGGGCGAGUGGCUCGUCACGGGCUCGAUCGACAAGACGGUCAAAGUGUUCAACCUCAAGACGCGCGAGUCGUUCUGCCUCCGGGGCCACACGGACUGGGUCAACCACGUGCGCGUCUGCACGGCGUCCAACACCAUCUUCUCGGCCUCGGACGACUGCCGCGUCAAGAUCUGGGACCUCGAGACGCGCACCUGCAUCCGCACUUUCGUCGGCCACGUCGGCCACGUCCAGCAGGUCCUGCCGCUGCCGCCGGACUUUGAGCCCGACGACGAGCUGCUGCCGGGCGCGCCGGUCGACAACACGGACGCCGCGUCGACGGCCAGCGGGCGCAGCGGCACGCCCGCCGCGACCGCCACGGCGCUCAUCAACGGCGGCCGCACCGCCGCCUCGUCCUGUCUGCCCGUGCGCCCCGCGCCGGAGUCGUCGGCGAGCGGCUGCUCCUCCUCCUCCUCCUCCCAGCAGCAGCAGCAGCAGCCGCCGCCGGCGUGCGAGGGCGAGCUGCGCGCGUGCUACGGCGCGGCCUUCCAGGCGGACCCGGAGCGGCAGCUGCCCUCGCGGUACAUCCUGAGCAGCGGGCUCGACAGCACGAUCCGGCUGUGGGACAGCGCGACGGGCCGGUGCAUCAAGACCUUCUUCGGGCACCUCGAGGGGAUCUGGGGCCUCGUGGGCGACACGCUGCGCGUCGUGUCGGGCGCCAACGACGCCAUGGUGAAAGUGUGGGAGCCGCGCAGCGGCAAGUGCGAGAGGACGUUUACGGGCCACCGGGGCCCCGUGACGUGCGUCGGGCUCAGCGACUCGCGGAUGGCGAGCGGGAGCGAGGACGGCGAGGUGAGGCUGUACAGCUUUCAGGAUAUGCAGGGGCGGAUGGAGGAGCUGGGGACGCCGAGCUGA